CGGAGUUCCACUGGGCCUCAGUCGCGGGCGCGAACCUUCUUGACUGGGAAAGGGGUCGCUCGACGUGCGAGAUGCAAGCCGCGAAGGGUUCCUCCCCCUGCCUCACAGUUGUGUGAAAGCGGACAUUGCUUGGGAGGCCAAGGGUCACCACGGAACCAUGACUACAUCUGGCAAGCCUGUCCUCUAUUCCUAUUUCCGAAGCUCCUGCUCAUGGAGAGUUCGAAUAGCUCUGGCCUUGAAAGGCAUUGACUAUGAGAUAAUACCCAUUAAUCUCACAAAGGAUGGGGGGCAACAGUUCUCAGAGGAGUUUCAGACACUGAAUCCUAUGAAGCAGGUGCCAGCCUUGAAAAUUGAUGGAAUCAUCAUUGGCCAGUCUCUGGCCAUCAUUGAGUACCUGGAGGAAACACGGCCCACUCCACGCCUCCUGCCUCAGGACCCAAAGAAGAGGGCUAGUGUACGCAUGAUUUCUGACCUCAUCGCUGCUGGCAUCCAGCCCCUGCAGAACCUGUCUGUCCUGAAGCAAGUAGGAGAGCAGAAUCAGCUGGCCUGGGCCCAGAAGGCCAUCACUUCUGGCUUUAAUGCUCUGGAGCAGAUCCUGCAGAGCACAGCGGGGAAGUACUGUGUGGGAGAUGAGGUGUCUAUGGCUGAUCUGUGCUUAGUGCCCCAGGUGGCAAAUGCUGAAAGGUUCAAGGUGGAUCUCACCCCCUACGCUACCAUCAGCCACAUCAACAAGACGCUGCUGGCCUUGGAGGCCUUCCAAGUGUCUCACCCUUGCCGACAGCCAGAUACACCCGUUGAGCUGAGGGCCUAGCUCCCAAACCCUGCCCCAUUAGUACAGGGACAGGGAGAGGGGCACAGGAGCUGGGUGAAUUGAACAGGCCUGGAAACGAACGAGUCCAAACUGGGGAGGCCGGAGACUUGACUCUAGCCUUCAAAUUUGAACUCUGGCUCUUUCUUCCCCCUUCAUUGUGCCUCAGUCCUCUUUAUCUGCUACAGGUCAUGUGGGGGGUGGGCAGAAAUGUGACCUGUCUGUGUCAGAGCAGUCAUGAAAAUAACACAAGAACAUGGAUUAAAAUGCCUGGCAAGUUUACCAAAGUACCAUAGGAAACCUGCACUUCUCUUAUUGAACCUGACAUCAGAGAAAGCUCACACUGGAAUUUGGUCAUUAGCGGAAGGCCAGGCCCCCAGUUUGUUCAGUUCAUCCAGAAGAUGAUCACUGCCCUAGCUGGAACCCCCUCCCCAUGCCUGGACUCAGUAGAAGAAGCCAGUCAGCCACGUGCCCACCCAGUAACAGGCCCAGCCACUGAAACACACAGGCAAGGAAGAGAAGUAAGCCCAAAGCCUACCUGACAGAAUCAGAUCCGGGGAGGAAACCGAUAAAAAAAGCAGGAAAGAAAGCAUCUAGUGACCAGCUGUGUUCUCAGGACCAGGAAUCAUACUGUUGUUAAUUUUAAGAGUUCCACUCCAGCAAGUUGGCCUCUCAACCCAACCCCUCAUCUUCAGAGGCAGCAUUCUCUCAGCCAGACCCAGGAUUGGCCACUUUGAGUAAGUCCAGUCAUGAAUGAUCCAGGCUCCCCCAUGGACAGUGGAACAGCUACUGACAAAUUUGAACUGAGACCAGCCAGGUGACAAUGCACCAUGGGCUGUCCUAGGGAGAGCUAGUCCCCAUGUUUGGCAACUGGCAGAGUCAGGACCACUCUUAGCAGAGAGAGAAUAUAGGGAGAUUGGGCUAGCCUCUGAGGGAGAAACAUAACAACCUUUUAUGACCCAUAUCUUUGAUUUCAUUUCUUCUGCAUUGCUGAGGCUAACAGGAAAAUACAGUCUGUGUGCCUUGUUCAAAUGGAAGCACUUUUCUCAACCAUGUGUUCUUUUUCUCCAGCCCAAUUUCAGGGCUCCUAGGUCUCUCCUCUCAUCCUGGGCUCUUUUGUGGCCUCUCCUCUCUUAGACGACUUGGGUUCCAAGCUCUAGAAUGACCAAAGUGAGCCCUCUUUUCCCCAAAGCAGAGAAGGAGAGGAAGGUAGCAGUGAUAAUGAGGGAGACUCAGUGGUACCUCUUGUCCUGCACUGCUGCCACAUGGACCUUUUUCCUAAAUUACUCCAGACAUCUGAUUGGAUAAGGUUCACUUGGUCUUUACAAGAACCUUAGUAGAAGUCGCCUUCUCUCACCCCCUUCUGAUUUGGACGUCCAAAAUUGAAGGUGAUUUAAACUCCUGUAGAUUUUAAAGUGAGAAUGUUACCUGCUGUCUGUGUCAUAGGGCGGUCAUGAAAAUGAUACAAGUAUGACCCUGCUUUUCUGCAUUUGUCCUUCCGCUUACUCCUCAAAGUUUAAUUGAGCAGCUCUAACUCUACUUCAGCUUUGUAUAACUAUUGCCUAUCUGCUUGUCUGUCUGUUCCAGGAUGACUUCUAGGAGUUGACAUAUUUCAACUCACUUAAGUCUCCUCCUAGACAGCAUCAAAAUAUUAACCUAUUUAGCCUGGGGUUCCAUCAGCCAUCCCCAAGCUGGUGGCCAAAGCUUUAUCAGGUUUAAGGAAAUGUAAAGCAGGAAAAGAGGUGUUAAUGGACUCCAUUAUCAAACAGUAUUAAAAAAAACUGGCCCUCAUUGUAGGUCGAGGCCAAACCCGGGCAAAAGUUAGUGAGACUCCAACUCAAUCAAUAAGCUGUCUGUGGUAGGCAUGCCUGUGGUCCCAGCUAAG